ACAUCUGAUUUUCUCCUUCAUGGACCGGAUUAGUCAAUAGGCUUUUCAAAGUUGUUUGGCAUUUGCAGUAAAAUUUAGUUUAUAAAAAUCAGCUAAUAUGCAUGGCCGUGUUAAAGUACGCACCACGGAGGAGGAGCGCGAGCGUAGAAAGAAGGAGCAGGUGCUCAAGAUGCGCGCCUACCGCGCGGCCAUGACACGCAUCCAGAAAAAGCGCAGCGCCGGCGAACUUGAUGACGAAUUGCUCGGCCUGACAGUGCAAAUACUGCAGCGCAAUCCGGAUAUCAGUACGCUGUGGAAUAUACGACGCGAGUGCGUGCUGAAGAAGACAGGUGAACUGCAGAGGGCAUUAAAAGAGCUAGAAGCAACCGAAGCUCCAGAAGCACCAGUUGCAGCAGACAAGGAGGAGGAGGAGGAGGAGGAGGAGGAGAAGGAGGACAAGGGCGAGGCAGAUGGCAAGGCAGGGGCUGGCGUGGCAGCAUUGGCCCAGCAGCUGCAGGCUAUCUAUACCACGGAAUUGGAUCUAACCGAACAGUGUUUGAUGGUCAAUGCCAAGUCCUAUAAUAGCUGGCAUCAUCGCUGCUGGACCCUUGAGCAGAAUCCUCAAGCCGAUUGGCAGCGAGAGGUGCAACUGUGCAACAAGUACUUAAGGUACGACGAGCGCAAUUUCCACACUUGGGACUACAGGCGCUAUGUGAGCGCCAAGGCGGCUGUGCCCGCCAAACGGGAGCUAGACUUUUGCACGGAAAAAAUCAAGGUGAACUUCUCCAACUACUCCAGCUGGCAUCAUCGCAGCCUGCUGUUGCCCAGGCUUUAUCCCAACGAGCAGCACGAUCGGCCCAUGAGCGAGCACAAGCUGCAGGAGGAGCUGGAAAUGGUGCUGACCGCCGCCUUCACCGAUCCGGAUGACAGCAGCGCCUGGUUCUAUCAGCGCUGGCUGCUGGGCAGCGGUGCACAGGAGCGCGACCAGCCAGUCGUAGUGGCUGCUUUUCGCUGUUGGCCCCAUAAGGCACAACUGGCGCUGAAGAAACCCUAUCCAGAACUGGCGCAGUUGCAGGUACAGCUGAUUAGCGAGCAGCAAACGUGGCAACUGCAGCCCUGGCAGCCUGCCAACAGCGAGAAAACCCAAUGGCAAUGCGACCAAGCCAUCAAUAUUGAUCCAAGUCAGGACUAUGUCCUGGCACUGGCCGGGCAACGCCUGAAACUCUCUGUACAGCCCAGUGAUAAGAGCCUCUACUACUUUGUGCCGCCACACGCCACUGCCAGCUGCAGCAAGGAGCUGCUGGGGGAGCUGCAGACCCAACUGCAGUCCUGCCUGGAUCUGCUCGAAUACGAGCCGUACAGUAAGUGGACGCUGCUGAGCAGUGCGCUGCUGAUGCGCUCCAUUGAUGUCACCGGCUAUCACGAGCAGAGCCUGGCGCAUUUGGCUAAAUUGGAACAGGUCGAUGAAUUGCGUCAGGGCUACUACAAGGAUUUGGCACUACGCUGGACUAUGGAAACGGCUCUGGCCAAGUGGCCGGAAACGUCCGACUACCCGCAACUAUUUGAGAUGCCCACCAAAAUACCAAGGACAAGGGCUCCCUAUGUCCAGUAUCUGAUUGUCGCCGACACUGUCUCCAGCUGAAUUUGUGGGCUCGUCAGGAUGUCGGCACAGAUCACACCCUUUAAUAUACUUAAACUUUAUAUAUGUGUAGUAUUCAUUUAUAUUUAAAUAUUCUAAUUGAAAUAUUCCUGUUUAGUGAAGGGCAACGUUGUA